AUGGGUCAACAAGCUGGUCACGUUCAACACUAUAGUGUUCCCUAUGAAGCACCGAUCUCACCACCCAUUAGCUAUGGUACUCAAGUACAUGUUCAUGGUACUGCAAUCGCUGACCGAUUUGAAGUAAAUUUGGCUAAUCGUCGUGGUGAUAUCAUUUUACAUGUUAAUCCACGCUUAAAUGAUCGUCAAUUGGUAUUAAAUGCUGCACCUGGUGGUGGUUGGGGAGGCGAAAUCCGUCAACCAUUGAAUAUGACACGUGGUCAUCCAUUUAGUAUUAUUAUUAUGGUUACAGAACAAUGUUUCAAAGUAGCUGUCAAUAAUCAACAUACCGCUGAUUUUCCUCAUAGAAUGCCAUUUAAUGCAGCUGAAAUAGUGACUGUCAAAGGUGAUGUUAAUUUAACACAAGUUCAAAUCUAUCCAGGCAUGAGUUCUCAAUAUGGCCAACCAUGGCGUUUUGCAAUGGAAACACCUGUACCUAUGAACAUCUUUCCUGGUCGUGUUAUAACUAUCAGCGGUCGUUCAAAUAAUAAUGCAUCACGAUUUGAAUUCAAUUUAUUAACUGGAAAUUACAAUGGAGCUGAUGUUGCAUUUCAUUUUAAUCCACGUUUCGAUCAACGUGAAGCAGUACGUAAUUCGUGUCAAGGUGGUGGUUGGGGAGCCGAAGAAAAACAAGGAGGAUUUCCAUUAGUUCCUGGCCAGCCUUUUGAUGUUCAAAUCAUUUGCUUUCCAGAACAUUAUCAAGUUAAUUAUAAUGGUCAGCCAUGGUUCACUUUUCGACACCGUUUACCCUUUCAACAAGUACAAGCAUUACAAGUUAAAGGUGAUGUUUCAAUUACAAAUGUUUCUGCUAUGUAA